AUGUCUUUCUUCACUCCGAUGUUCGACACCCCCGGUGCUGGACCUUCCUACAGUCAAGGCCAGCUUGGUGCAGCAUUCGCCCCAUCUGGACCUCGCUCUAUCGCCACGCCGUCUGGCGGAAGUCGCAAACGCAAGGACAUGGACAGUGAGAGUGAUGAAGACUCUUUCGUGGCGGGCAAUGCUGGUCCGCGUAAGGUGAGCAAGAGCAGAUCCCUGUAGAGAAGCCCACAAACAACAACAACCCUUCCCUUUCGCCCUCCCUCUUCUCACUAAAUCUGACCACCUAUCGCGUCGGGAUCGCUUUCAUCGCUUUGGCUGACCUCAUUACAUUUCGCCUAUAGAUCGCAUAUGCUCGUCGUGCCGGACCCGGCGCAAAUCUUUCUCUCGACGUUUCUCCCGCUGUAUUCUAUGACCCGUCCCACCUGGCUGCGGCCCAGGAGCAAGUCCGCAUGAUCUUUGAGCAACACCGCUCCCGUCUGCCCCCAACGCCGGAAACCUCGCCGUCUCAAGGCUACUUUGGGCUCGCAAAUGCGCCUCACAACCAGCAACCGUGCCACGACUCGUCUGUUGGUAGCUUCACUGGGUAUCCCAACGUGAACCCCUACCCGAACUUCUCUCCGGGGGUGAUGGGCCCGGUAAUGGGCAGUGACACUGGCAUGGCUGUCGAUGGUGCUGCCAAUUCCCAUGGGUGAGUCAAAAAGUCGAGCUCUACGACUUGAAGAACUCGCAUCAGCUGACCUCAGUCCUCGCUCGUCGCAGUGCGCAUUGCCGCGCGAUCCCUCAACUGUUCGUCAAGCGCCUCGUCGAUGCUCAAGCUGGUUGCUUCGAGCUUUGGGCACGAUGCUCUGACUGUGGAGGGGAAAGCAAGGUUGAGACUGGUGCUGACAACGACGCACUUUCGUACUCGCCUUGA